AUGGCAGCUUUCGACCACUUCGGAGACAUGUACGAUGUUGCACUCAAACCACGUUUGCUCAACACUCUCAUCAGCGACUACCUCCCUACCGUCGAUCAUCCCUUUUCCAACCCUUCCGAGCUCUCCAAAGUUGUCUCUUUGAUCAAAACGCAUUCUCUCCUAUCUGAGGAUGUAACAGAUUCCAUGGAGAGUAAACAAAUUAAAGCUUGGAAAGUGUCUGUUACUUCAUGGGUCGAUCGUGUUUUGCUCCUCCUUUCUAGCCAUUCGCCUGAUAAGCGAUGGGCAGGAAUAUCUUUGCUAGGGGUUACUUGUGAAGAGUGCAAUUCUGAUCGUUUCCAAGAAUCUUACAUUGUGUGGUUUCAGAAGUUGCUGACUUCUCUACAGUCGCCGGAAGAUUCUCAUAUAGUGAGGGUGGCUGCUUGUGCUUCCAUAUCUGAUCUGCUUGCAAGGUUAAGUGGAUUUCCCAAGCUCAAGAAAGAUGGGUCUGCCUCUGCUGUAAAAGUUGUUCAGCCUGUUCUAAAGAUGUUACAUGAUGACAACUCAGAGGAAGUAUGGGAAGCUGCAAUUCAUGUGAUAUGUACCUUGAUAACUUCAUUCCCAUUUUCUAUUCAGCGUCAUUAUGAUAGUGUUGAAUCUGCUAUUGCUGUUAAACUUGUGUCUGCAGGAUGCAGUCAUGAUAUGAUGAAGAAACUUGCACAUUGCCUAGCAUUGCUUCCAAAAUCAAAAGGAGAUGAAGAAAGCUGGUCUGUGAUGUUGCAGACAAUUUUGAUUUUAAUAAAUGAUCAAUUAAAUUUAAAGUUUGAAGGUCUAGAAGAAGAUUACAUCCGAAAAGAGUUCAAUGGAUUGUUGAUUCUGCCCGGGAAGCAACCUCCACCACCUUUAGGAGGCCAUGUAUCCACAAAAGAAGCUAGUGGCAACCCAACAAAGAGGUCUAAACAAUCACGAACGUCUAGCGUCUCUACACUUAUGUCUAGCUGUUGCAUGCUGCUCACAAAUGCUUAUCAAGUUAAGGUGAAUGUACCUGUUCGCCUAUUAUUGGUCCUUGUUGAGAGAAUUCUGAUGGUAAAUGGCGCUUUGCCAGAAAUGUCGUUGCCAUUCAUGACCGCCAGACAGCAGGAAAACAUUUGUUCAGAACUUCCAGUAUUGCAUAUGUGUAGCCUGGAAUUGCUUACAGCUAUUAUAAAGGCUACAGGCAGUCAACUAUUACCACAUGCUGCCUCUAUUGUACGUUUGAUUACAAAGUACUUCAAAACAUGUGAGCUGCCAGAAAUAAGGAUUAAGGUUUAUUCAGUUGCAAAGAUUCUGCUCAUUUCCAUGGGUGUUGGAAUGGCUUUAUGCUUGUCAAAGGAAGUUGUCGAUAAUGCCAUUGCUGAUUUGAGCACCAUAGAGAAGAAGAAUGUAGGCAUGCCAAAUGGUUCUAAUACUGACGUCUCCCCCGCAGCGCUGCAACCAGCAAGUAAUAGAAAAAGGAAGCAUAGCAGUACAAAUGGAUCCCUUCAGGAAAAUGAGGCAGGUGGUGUUUUAGGAGUAGAAAUUCUUAAGAAAUGUCGGGUGGCUCCAAUUUCUCUGAGGAUAGCUGCACUUGAGGCAUUAGAGGCUCUUCUUACUGUGGCUGGCGCUUUAAAAUCACAACAGUGGAGAUCCAAAGUCGAUAGUCUUUUGAUAACCAUAGCAACGGAUUCUUUCAGAGAAGGUUCAUCAAGUGAAGAAAUAAAUGUGUUUCAGAAAAAGGAUCCUGCUGCAACUGCCACAGAUUUGCAGCUUGCUGCAUUGCGUGCUCUUUUGGCGUCUUUUCUUUCUGCGUCGCGGCCCCCAUAUUUAUCACAGGGCCUUGAACUUUUUCGAAGAGGAAAGCAACAAACUGGAACAAAGCUUGCUGAGUUCUGUGCUCAUGCUAUGUUAACCUUGGAAGUGCUUAUACAUCCCAGGGCACUUCCUUUAGUCGACUACGUCCCUCCAAACAACGAUACUUUUCGUGAAACUCAGUUCAGUUACCGAGACGAAUAUGUUAGCCGAAACAACAACACUCAAUUUGGUUUUCCUCAAGCAGAACCUCCGGGCUCCCGUGAAAAUCAAUUUACCGACUAUUUGGCAAAUGGGGAUGAUGAGAUGGGUAGGUUAUGGACCGAAAAUACAAAAGAAACCAAAGAGUCUUCUGAAGUGGCCACACCCCUGCCUUCCAGUGCCAACAUCCAAGAGAGGAGUGAGAUGUUACCCGAGUCUGCCACAUGUGCAGAUGUUGAGAUGAGAACCGCCGAUAACGAUAGCGAAACCACAUUCAAGUCAGAUCAUCCUGGAGAAUCUGUAGCACAAUUUCAAGAACCCGUUCCUAGCCAAACAAGCAAUGCCACCGUCAUUGACAUUCGCAGGGUUGUUAGAGACAGCACUCUACCUCAUAAUGAAGCCAAUGAUUUGGAUUUAGCUUCCAAGAGCAAAAGUCCAGUGCAGACAUCAGACACUAAUUUGGUUCAGCAAUUUGCAGUUAAGAAGUUUGGCGAUUCAGUGGACGAUGAAUAUGAACCUUUUCCUGAAAUUGUGGAUGGAGAUCCCGAUUCUGAUUCCGGAUCCGAAUAA